UCCCAACAAUUAAGCGUUUACUAGAGUUUUACUAUCCUAUUAUAUAGUCUCUCUCACUAGUAGGUCUUCUCUGAAGCAUUAAUCAUGGAGGAUAAACUCAAAAUUAAACUUUUUCUUCACUCAAUCAUCAACAUCAGCUUCAUCAUCUUCCUCUCGUUAUACAUAUUCCCAGUCGAAUCAUCACCAGAAAUCAUCUCUAGAUUCCAACAAUACCUUCAAAUCAACACAGCUCAUCCAAAUCCUAAAUACUAUGAAUCAGCAGAAUUCAUAAUCUCCCAAGCUAAAUCUUUAAAUUUAGAAUACGAAACCCUAGAAUUUGUCAGUGGUAAACCUUUGGUUCUUCUCAAAUGGACUGGUAAGAAUCAAAAUCUUCCUGCAAUCCUUUUGAAUUCACACACAGAUGUUGUACCAGCUGAGCAUCAUAAAUGGAAUCAUUCUCCGUUUGAUGCGAAUGUUGAUGAAUUCGGUGAUAUCUACGCGAGGGGUUCACAGGAUAUGAAAUGUGUUGGAUUGCAGUAUCUCGAAGCCAUUCGGAGAUUGAAAGGUUCUGGUUUUCAACCGAUUCGAACUGUUUAUUUGUCUUUUGUACCUGAUGAAGAGAUUGGUGGGCAUGAUGGUGCGGAGAAGUUCGCCGAGUCCGAGAAAUUCAAGAAGAUGAAUGUUGGAAUCGUCCUCGAUGAGGGUUUGCCUUCGCCAGAUGAGAAUUACAGGAUUUUCUAUGCAGAGAAGUGUGCAUGGUGGCUAACAAUUAAAGCUACUGGACUCCCUGGCCACGGGGCAAAGCUCUAUGAUAAUAGUGCAAUGGAAAAUCUAUUAAAGAGUAUUGAAAGCGCGAGGAAGUUUAGGGCGUCGCAGUUUGAUUUAGUGAAAGCAGGAUUGAUGGCUGAGGGUGAGGUCGUUUCAGUGAAUAUGGUCUUCUUGAAAGCUGGAACACCUACUCCAACAGGCUUCGUCAUGAAUCUGCAGCCAUCUGAAGCUGAAGCUGGUUUUGAUGUUAGAGUUCCACCAACUGCUGAUCCCGUAGCCCUGGAGAAAAGGAUUUCUGAAGAAUGGGCACCUUCAUCACGCAAUAUGACAUUUCAGUUUAAGCAGCAGGGAUACAAUUUUGAAAAGAAGUUUGUUACUGCUACCGAUAGUUCUAACCCAUGGUGGAAGUUGCUGGAAGGGGCUGUAGAGAAAGCUAACGGAAAGCUAGGUAAGCCUGAGAUCUUCCCAGCCUCAACUGAUGCUCGCUAUUUCCGGAAACAAGGUUUACCAGCGAUUGGUUUCUCUCCAAUGAUUAACACACCUGUUCUGCUUCAUGACCAUAAUGAGUUCCUCAACCAGGCAGAGUACUUGAAAGGAAUUGCUGUAUACAAGUCGAUAAUAAAAGAAUACACUUCUUACAUUGAGCUUACAAGCGAUGAAGCUUCAAGAGAUGAGUUGUAAGAUAGUACUGCAGUUCUUAGCUCUUUCCAGGCGAUGCGUUAGUCUUGGCAAUACAACCUGUAUAAAUAUUGGCACAGUUCAUAGCUCAUUCCAAGAGAUGCAUUAGCUUCUGCUGUAUGGUGUGACUUAGCAGAUUCGUCUUGUCAUAAAAUGUAUCUGGAUAACAUGUUAUUUCUUUCGACAGUGAUCUCUAAAGACCUGAUGAAAUUUUUAAAUAACAGGUGUACAGAGAAAUGGUUUUUCAUUUUAGCUAUAACAGCAAAAUAAAGGAUGAGAAAUAGUUUUUCA